AUGAAAAUUAUAUUGAUAAUAGUAUUGAUACAAAUAUUUCAUUUGAGCGUAUCUAAUUUGACAACAAAGACAUUUACAGAAACAUAUAAAUGUUCGAGUUAUUUUCCAGUGUUUAUAUUCACUCAGCUGUCAUGUUUCAUUGUGUAUGUACCACUAUUGUUGAGAAUAGCAAAUGAUGUAGAAGAAAAUCCUGGGCCCACAGUUUAUGAUGUGGUUGACCCAGCUAAAACAAUAUGUGCCGAUUUUAGCCAAGGUGAUGCAAGAAAGUUCAGACAGAAUGCUGGUAAACAAUGUGUAGCCAUGUCAUUAACUGCAAUAGUACAUAAUCAUAUAAAUAAUGUUGUUACAUGGGAUUCAUCAUUCUUGAAUGAGAUAUUGUGUGCUGGAAAUAACUUUUAUACUUGCAUAAGCAAUCCUGUUAACAAAAGCUUCUUGCUGUUAAGUGAUGUGCCAGAAAUGGUCUCAGUUUCUGAUAAAAUUUAUGAUUUGAAAUUCAGUGACCCAUAUGCUGGUGAUCUGUUUACAACAACUAUUGAUCUACCUUACUAUUCUUUGGAAGAGGCUUUCAAUAAUCUGUUUUCGGAUAUGCAGUUAAAUUAUCAAUAUUGCUUGUUGACUAUAGGUUGUAACACUGUUUCAAUAUUUAAGGCUUCUGAGGGAAACUUCAAAAUUUUUGACCCUCAUUCAAGAGAUCUUUAUGGCAUACCACACCCAUUUGGAAAAUGUGUUUUAGUUUCUGUUGAAGGUGUUAGUAACCUGGUGAUAUAUUUCCAGAAUACCGUACCUCCAGGUGUAACACCCUUUGAAGUAAAGGGAGUGACUAUUCAGUUAAUAAAUUCUGAAAUGACCCAGCAAGGAUCCCCUACUUCACACCUAGACGAAAGUAUCAACUCAAAUGAAUGUGUAAAACAAAAAAGGUCAGUCGAAUCGGAGAAUGAAAAGACAACUAGGCUUCAAAAUGCUAGAAAGUAUAAAAAAGCAAAACAAACAGGGGAAACUGAAAGUGAAAAACAAACUAGACUUGAGAGAUCUAGGCUGUAUCAGAAAAAAAAACGAGCUGGAGAAACUGAAAUUGAAAAACAAACUAGACUGGAAAAUGCUAGGAAAUAUCGCAAAAGAAAACAAUUACAGGAAACUGCUGUUCAAAAGCAAGAUGCUAGUGUUAUUAAGGAAAAUAGAGGAAGUAUAAACUCUUCAGAAAAUAUUGCUAUUUUUGAACAAAAUAAUGUUAAUAGAACUAUAAAUCAGCAAGAUUAUUUGAAAGAUUUUGACAAUAUAAAAAAUGGUAGUAUUAAUGAACAACAUUGGGCAAAAGAAAAUAUUAAUAAGUUUCAUAAAUCUCUUGAAUUUGUCAUCUCCCAUUGCGCUAUUUGUAAAGAGGCAUGGCCAUUAAAAUCUAAACCAAGGUUACCUGAUAUCUAUGUGUGUUCACGAUGCGCUAGGGAUAAUAAAUCCCCCCAAAGUUUUCACAUGAAAAUUCAAUGAUCCCUUCACCUGUUCCCCAUGAGUUGCAAGAUUUGACUCAAGUUGAGGAAAUGUUGAUUGCACGUGCUCUUUCCAUUAUGAGAGUUUAUAUUAAACCUGGGGGACAACGUGGAUAUUCUGGCCAUUGCAUUAACUUGCCACAAAAUGUGACAGAACUUGCAACAUCCUUGCCAAGAUACCCAAAAGACUUGGCUGUGAUUAUUGUCAAAGUGAAAGGUAGAGAUAACACAUUUAAAGAUGUCAGUGUAAGAAGAGAAAAAGUACAUGAUGCAUUGUUAUGGCUUGUACAUAAUAAUCCUCAUUAUGCUGAAUUAGAUAUUAACGAAAUUGCAUUAAACUUGUUACCUGAAAAUGAUAUUCCAGCAGAUCUUAUGACUGUGGAGACUGAAAGUGAAGUAGUGUUAGAUGAUGGUGUUAUACCCGAUUUGGGCCCAAUAACCGAUAACAAUUCCGAGGACACAGUUUAUAAUCAUUCGACAGAAAUGAGUAGUUUCUUACCUGUUGGUGAACAGCAGGAACAAGAAGUUGAAGCGGUAAGAAAUCAGCUUUGUGCAAAUGACCCAAUGAUAUGGCCAACAACUGAAAAUGAGCCAUUAAAUACCAAAGUCUCUUGA